AUUUAAAGGGGCUUCUUUAUGAAUGCUCUCAAGCAAGUAUCAAAGAGAUACCUUUUCAAGCUUGAAGCGCCUCGCAAGCCUAGCAUUGCAGUCAUGGAAAAUCAUAUGGGUGCUGUAGUUCUCGAAUCGGAUACCGAGGUCGUCUAUGUGGAAUAUGACAAUCCCUUUCAGCUUCCACCACCGCCCUCCGAUGAAUGGACUCGCUUUGUUUGCAUAAGUGAUACCCAUUCACAUACCUUUGACGUUCCGUGGGGAGACGUUCUCAUCCAUAGUGGUGACCUCACCAAUACAGGCACCCUGAGGGAAUUCGAGAAGACCAUGGAGUGGCUCAGGUCUUUGCCUCACAAAACAAAGGUUAUUAUCGCAGGAAACCAUGAUCUUAGUCUUGACCGGCAUGAUGACUGGUAUGAUAAGAAUUAUAAGGGUUGGCACACAAAGCCGGAAAACCUCGAACCCAUCUCAGAGCUUCUCAAAGGUCCUAAAGCAAAGAAUGCAGGGAUUGUCUAUCUACAAGAUGAGUCGCAUACUUUCCAAGUAAAAGAAGGCGGAAGAACCUGGAGCGUCUAUGGAUCUCCUUGGUCUCCAGAGUUUUGCGAUUGGGCCUUCAACUAUGAUCGACGAGAUGGAAAACGCUUGAUAUCGCAGUUUCCUAAGACUGACAUCCUACUCACGCAUGGACCUCCUUUGGGGAUCUUCGAUCUCACGAACAGCUGCAUUCGUGCAGGCUGCCGGGACCUCACUAAUCGAUUGCCUUACCUUCGACCUAGGAUUCACCUCUUUGGCCAUAUACACGAAGGGCAUGGUGCAUACGUGCAUGAGUGGCUUGCAGGAUCUAUCGAGACACCCGAGGUUCAACCUGAGAACGACUUGGAUGGAGACUACAUUGACGAUGCUGACGAUUACAUGGAUGACGGUGUGGAUCUUCCGGAACCAUGCAGUCUUUCGCAAGGUGGGGAUCGUACGGUAUUUGUCAAUGCUGCAAACUGGCCCAUGGGGAGGCGUGCCUGGGGACCAAAGGGAAGAACUCCUUUUGGAGGACCUGGGUUUAGACCGAUAGUGGUGGAUUUGAAAGACUAGAGGACACAUGUACCUGAUAUUGUAUCCUAUGCAUUAGCACCAAUUUAGGAUGGAAAUACCAAGCGGGGAAAUUUAAUCUUUACCUGACACUAAACACUGUGGACAGCCCCUAUCGCCUUCGGACCGGUCACUCCGUGGACCGAAUAAGCCGAUGGGAG